CCAGAACGCAGCACUGAGUAGACCAAGCAAGUUGUCCUAAAAUGUCUGAUCACGAAAAAUUAAUAGCCAUAGAAUCAUCGUAACUGAGUGUCAUGCGUGGUCUUCUUUAUCACAGGAAAUGAAAUCUCCAAAACAAUGUAUAUAUAUCUUUAAGUCACUCCCUGAAGGCAGUCGCCACCUAGAGCCACAACGAUGGGGAUGCUGCGAGCCGUGCUGCUGACGGGGUCUGUGCUGGUGCUGCAGGUGCUUCUGACCGUUCCGCAUCAGGCCGAGGCCGCUUUGAGUGCGCAAAUCGUCAAUGAUCCAGGUGCGCUUCCAUCGGUGUCCCUCCAGGCUGCAGACUGAUCAAAGACAUGGCACAGCCGUACCCGAGGUGCUGCGGGAAGGUGGUCUGCGGCGCCCGCAGUGGAUCCCGCCGCCCCUAACCUGCUCACCGUACACCAUCGUGCCUGACCUGACCUGAACCAACUCUGACCUGACCUUCUGGCUGACCGAAUUUUUGUCAUUAUCUGUUGUCAAAGAUGCCUAAUUGUUUGGAAUCAGCAUCUCUUUCAAUGCAGACGCUUUCAAAUCAUGACACAGCAGUACCACUACAGGUGUUUCAAUGACCCUAAAGGUUUGCGGAACUCAGCGAGGUGUUACAGUGCUCGCCACAGCCACGGGAAGGCGAGGACCGUGGCGGUGACGUAAUCUAAGAGCCGCUCAAACUUCCUCUUCUUUUUUUCUCCUUUCGCCAUUUUUUUUCCUUUUCUUCGUCUCAUUCUUCUUCUUCUUCUUCUUCUUUUUCUUCUUCCUCUAAUUUUCUUCCUUUUACCUGUUCUGGUUUUAAUUGAUGUUCAUGUUCUUGUUCUUGCUCUUGUUCUUCACUCCAGCCUGCAAUAUAUUAUUCUGCCAUUCGUGGGUUGAUAUUCCAUUAGACAUUUUCUCCGACGUGAAGGUGGCGGUGAUGGUGUGAAGCUUGCCGAGCACCACCGACACUGUUCUCUGGCCGCAGACUGGGUCAUCAUCGGCAUCAUCAUCAUCAUCAUCAACGUUAUCAUCAUUUUCAGAGACAACCCUGUGAGGAGGUCGACUGGGCAAGGUGCCACAUGUCCCCAAGGCCGGAGUUGGCGCUCACGUACUAUGCAGGUUGUUGGCCUCGAUUUAGUCUCACGGAUUUGACACAAGUCUUUCCCGCGAUUCCUGUAACCACAUGAGUCAUUUCCCUUCAUGAUCAGUCAAAUAAACGCUUCUAAUCUUUCUGUAGAUGUAAUUUAUCUUGGCUCGCCAGUCACGCGUUGUUUGUCAGCGCUGCGCCUCUGUUUCCGAGGUCAUCGUGCUGCCACCUUUGUAGAGAGGGUGAAGUACUACAAUUUUAUAGUGUCAUCACGUCCACAGUUGGUUUUGAAUUUAGUGAAACGAUGUUUCAAUGAUUAAAUUUUAUUUUGAAUGAGUGUUAAAUACGUGCUAGUACGCUGCACUGAGUAAAGCAAGCAAGUUGUCCUAAAACGACUGAUCACGAAAAAAUGACAGCCAGAGAAGCCUCGUAAUUGAAUGUCUUCCGCAGUCCUCCUUAUCACCGGAAAUGAAAUCCAGAAAGAAAUGUAUAUAUACAUAUAUCUUCCGAGUCGCUCCCUGAAGGCAGUCGCCACCCAGAGCCACAACGAUGGGGAUGCUGCGAGCCGUGCUGCUGACGGGGUCUGUGCUGGUGCUGCUGGUGCUUCUGCCAGCCCCGCCCCAAGCCGAGGCCGCCGCAACGCGUGAAAUCGUCAAUGAUCCAGACCACCCCAACACGUGCUUUAUAAAGGAAGUUGGCAUACGCGUGGAGGAGGGGCACAGCUUCCAGCUGCCGGGCUGCGCGGAGGUGUCCUGCGAGAAAGUUCCGGGAGUGGGCACGGCCAUUACCUAUGUCUCGUUUGCGGAAUCCAGCGAGGUGUUACGGUGCUCGCCACAGCCACGGGAAGGUAAGAAACGUGGUGGUGACGUUAGCUAAGAGCGAUCCACCGCCGUCACGCCACGACCUUCACUUCACCUUGACGUGAGGGAGGAUAGCACCUGGCAAGGGCUACCGGAAGUCGUCGCUGGACAAACACAUCACAUUUACAUGACAUCAUACUCUCAUCAUCCCGAUGCUGCACCUGACACCUGAUGCUUAUCGCCACGAGUUUCCUGUUUACUGUCUGGACUCGUAAGACACUCCUCCGUGCUU